ACCGCCGCAUGUACUCUUAGGUUGACCUUCAUUUUCAAACUCGUGAUGGAUCUCAAAACACCGAGUUUCAAUCUCUUCAAAUCUAAUUGGAUUGGUUGGUUCUCAAAAGAUUGAGUUUCAAUUUUUAGGGUUUCUUGUUUCUGUUUUAACGAUUUAAAGUUUAUAACUGUGGUUUUGAUUUCUAAACAGUAUUGUGUGUGGAUGAUGAGAAUAUGAAAUUUACAGUUAUCCCUGUCUGAGUAAAGCAGUGCUGAUUUUUCCAAAUCUCUGACACCAAUUUUACUGUGAUUUUGAUUGUCUUAAUCUAAUAGCCGGUGAUGAUAGUUUUAAUAUGGUUGACAGAAAUGCAAUAUGUUCAGAAAAUCAUGAACUAGGACGGUCUGAGGCUUUGAUUUAUUGAUGCAUUAUUCUUUUAUCGAUUUGAUUUGAUUGAAUAAUUUUGAUUUGAGAUCUUCCCUCUGUGAUGAACUAUACAUAAUUAAGUUUCAGCCUUGUCUGAAUAAACAAUAAUGUUGAAAUCUAGUAUUUGUUCUGAGGGUGAAUGAACUGAAUCAUAUACCGAUUGAUUGAGUUUUACUGUAUUGUUUGAUCUGUAUAUUCCACCUUGUUUGAUUUAUAUGGAAGAUAGUGCUUUCCUUGUUUGAUUAUCGAUGUUUUAUAAUGACAAUUAAGGUUUUGAGAUGCUAAGGAGACGGUGAAAAUAGAAAUUUUCUAAUGUUGGGGAAGAAACUGCACUUGUGAUAGAAAGUAAUCUGAGGUUAAAUUUUGAGAUUUGCAUUGGCAAUUCAUAGAGACCCUCCGCAAAGCUGGUUGUGAAGGAUUAGCAUGAAGCAAUGAUGUUUGUAUUCAUAAUCUUGUUUUCUUUUUCCUAGACAAAAUCUUGAUUUAUAUGGUAAUUGUAAAUUGGGUUUGCAUAUUGAUGUGUAUUUUGUUGGGAAAGAGUAAACAAGUUUGCGAGUAUAAACGAAAGAGAAGAAGGCGAUACAUUUUGAUUUAAAAUCAUGACUAGUUUGAUAGACGAGUUUUGUUAAUUUUAUGUCAUGAAUCACAGUUCCGUUGUUAAUUUUAUUUCAUUUGCAAAAGAUUUCGGAUGACUCUCAAAGCCUUCAGAUUUCUGUAGAAUUUGUUGCUUUAAAAUCUAUUCUUUUUUUACAUUCGACUAGCAUUCGACCAUCGGCCUCCCUACUAGUGCACAGUGCAGACUUCCCGUAAUUGAAUUUUCCGUUCCUGGGACUUGAGCUUACUCGUAGUGUAAUUUGUCGAAAAAGGACAUGACCAUCUUGUCUAUUUCCCUCUAUGUAAUGAACCCCCCAGUCAUAGGUUAAAAACUUUUGCCACAUCGUUUUCUCCGCCAGAAAAUUCAAGAAAAAUAAAAUCUCCGCACCAAAAAAAGAAAAAACUCACUGAAGAAGAAGAAGAGUAAAGCAAGCAGGAAAUGGAAGAAUCUGUCACUAGAGCAUUAAUGGAGUCUGAUUUUGUGGAAACUAAAGUAUUAGAAGUGUUGAUUGGUGCGUUUAGUUCAACAUUCCCUCUUAGGGAGAUAGCUUCUGCGUAUUGCGAGGCUGGCCGUAAUCCAGACAUGGCAGCUCAGAUUCUUUAUGAUGGUGCUGGAAAGUUGAAGAAGAACUACUCUAAUGCUGCAUCUGUCGUUAGUACAACUCAGUGUGAAACAAGUUGUGCAGAGUAUAGGAACUCUAAGGCAUCAAAGAUGGCUGUUUCAAUUGGCAGUGUUUCCAGUGUUAUUGGUAAGGGGCAUGUGAUGUCCAACACACCUGUUUCGGGUCCCAGGAGCUGCAUAUUGUGUGAGAAUGUUGCUAACAAGCCAGAUUGGGGUGCAAACAAGGGAUCGAAACCGAAAAACCUGGCCUUGUCUGUUGGUAGUGCUUCUAGUGAGGUGUGUGCGAUGCCCAAUACACUUGCCUAUGGUCCCGUGACCACAACUGAACCGUUGGAAUUGUGUAUGAAGGACCUUCGCUUUGAUGAACUCAUAGAUGAAGAUGUUUCAUCAGAUUCAACAGCAAAGGAGGGCCAAAUGCAUACAGGUAUGCGGUAUUUCCUUUCUAAAUACGGUUCAAGAUAGUCUGGUAAACUUAGCUUUGCUUUAUCAUGUUUAUAUUGGGUUUAUGCUGCUUCGUAAGUUCCUAAUUUACAAUUUAUUUAAGCCAGGACUUGUACCGGUCAUUGGAAGUUGAUUUCUUGCUAAGAUAAGAGGUGCAUUUUGUAAUUUAACAUAUAGUAUCAGGAACAAGUAAAUGAUAGGCGCUGAAAUGCCCUGUUUCUAAUCUAUUUUUUGCCUGCUUUACUGUUAAUUACAAAAUGCACCUCCUAGUUGUGGCAUUUUGUCUUACAGUCGGUCAAUGCGGCCAAGGUGAUGUUUGUUUCUACUGCUUCAUCCAAUAUACCUAGCCUUGGAUAAUGUGAACUUCUAGAAAGUGACACGAGAGAUUUUAGUUGCAUAAAUAGAAUGGUAAAGCAAAUACAAGGCAAGAGGGGUAGUCAUAUUACUAAUAUACGGUAUUUAGAAAUCUUCUCUUUCAUUGUUCGGUGCCGUGGCUUGUUUAUGAUAAAGAUUUGAUUUCUACUGUGAUAUGCUCAUUUCCUGCUUAGUUAAUAUGUCAAAAAGCUGUUUUUCGCAUGUUUUAGUUAAAAUGGUCUUCUCUUUUAGGCUAGUCAUCAACAAAGGAGUCCCACUCUGGUUAAUGUCAUUCAGAUCUGUGGGAUGAUUAAUAAACAUUUCGUAGUCGUCCUUACUGGUUUAGCUAGGAUUUUCUGCUCUCAACUCUCAACAUAACACACUUGCAGAUGCAUUGCUAUUACAACCUGUCUCAAGAAUCAAGUUUUUACGGUGAAUCUUAUAUAUAUCAGAAUUUAGAUUAUGUAUGCGAUUAGCUUUCUUACUGUACCAGUUUGUUCAUUUAAUGUUAUUCUGCGACGUCGUAUCUUUUGUGUCUUAAACAUUAUAUUAUUUUUUCUUGCAUUCCUUGUGCGCCAGAUGUAUCUUCAUACCAUAUGCUAUAACUUUUGACAUCAUAAAUUUGCGUUUUUGAAUAUGGUAAAGUUUUGUCAGGUAACAGCCACUAAAUUGAAUUUGCAGGUGAUUGCUGCCAUGAUUCGGAAUGGUGAAGUAGCUGUUUUCCUUUUAACAAGAUCUUCGUAACCUUUCUUGACAACUUCGAAAAAUGCUUUUAGAAAAAGUACACGACUUCCUUGUGAAGAGUUUAUAUGCUUUUAGAAAAAUGUACAUACCCUCACUUGAAAUUUUGUGAUUCUACCGUAAUAUUGGUGUUAUGUUAAUUGUAAUGCCUUAUGGUCCCUUGGAUCUGAGAGAAACCAAAACUAUGACAUAGGUAAUGGCAGAUAGUACUACUACUUUUGGAAUCUUUAAUGUGCAGUUUGAACACUUUAGUUUUUA